UUUUCUAUUCAGUCGGUUCCCCUCUUUCCCAAGCCAAGAAGACACCAAUCUCUUUCUUCCCCAUCUCUCCCUCUCUCCCUACCCAAUCCACCGCCUCCAGCCACCCCACCGCAGGCGAGCCCCCCACCGUCCCGCGCCGAUUCGGGCCUUCCUCGCGCGAACCAGCGUGGAUCCGAGUAACCUACAGAAUUAGUUGAAGGGCCUUUUUCUGGAGCUUGCGCAAAUCAUCUCUGCAGUAGUAAAAUUAUAUAUGGGCUGACUUUGGCAUUUCAUGGGAGGUUUUGAAGAUGAUGAACCACCCUCAAAACGCGCAAGACCAUCCUCAGUAGAGUCUGCAAGUUUAGACGGUCUCUGUUAUUCGAAAUCUGUUAACCCUUUGGGAGGUACAAUGGCUAGACCUUUGACUUCCCAGGGGAAAGAAGUUAUGGUUGGUUCCAAAGGUGUCAUUAAGAAGGACGAAUUUGUGAGGAUAAUCACAAAAGCUCUCUAUACUCUUGGAUAUGAAAAAAGUGGAGCUGUCCUCGAGGAAGAAUCUGGUAUAACAUUGCAUUCCCCCUUGGUGAAUCUUUUCAGAAAGCAGGUGCUUGAUGGAAAUUGGGACAGUGCAGUAGCUACCUUGAAUAAACUUGGCCUUCUGGAUGAAAACACUGUCAAGUCUGCUGCAUUUUUGUUAUUGGAGCAGAAAUUUUUUGAACAUUUGAGAAAUGACAACCUAAUGGGUGCCAUAAAGACUUUGCGCAGUGAAAUAUCCCCCCUUGGUGUUAACAGAAGACGAGUUCAUGAAAUGUCAAGUUGCAUAAUUUCUUCUCCACAAAACGUCUUGCUUGCGUUUUCGAAGCUUGGAACUGAAGCGUGCAACUCACGUCUUAAGCUCCUAGAGGAAUUGCAAAAGGUGCUCCCCCCUACUGUUAUGGUUCCCGAGAGGAGGUUAGAGAAUAUAGUUGAACAGGCACUUACUGUACAACGUGAAGCUUGUUACCUCCAUAAUUCUAUUGAUGGCUUGUCGCUUUAUGUUGAUCAUCACUGUGGGAAGGAUCAGAUACCAUCUCGAACACUGCAGGUUUUACGUUCACACCGUGACGAAGUAUGGUUUCUUCAAUUUUCAAACAAUGGGAAAUAUUUAGCCUCAGCAUCAAAUGAUAAAUCUGCAAUCAUAUGGAAGGUCGAUGAAGAUGGAGAACUAUUGCUGAAGCACAUAUUGACUGGUCAUGAGAAACCAGUGAUGAUGGUUGCCUGGAGCCCUGAUGAUCGCCAGCUUCUCACAUGUGGAAUGGAAGAAGCCAUCAGACGUUGGGAUGUUGAAUCUGGCGAAUGUAUCCAUGUUUAUGAAAAACCUGGCCUUGGUUUGAUGUCAUGCGGUUGGUUUCCAGAUGGAAAGCAAAUAUUGGCGGGUUUAUCUGAUCAAACCCUUUGCUUGUGGGAUUUAGAUGGUAAAGAAGUAUAUUGCUGGAAAGGGCAGAGAUCAUCAAAAACAUCUGAUCUUGCUGUAGCAAAAGAUGGUGAACUUAUAAUAAGUAUGAGUAGAGAUUGCACAAUUCUUUUAUUCAAUAGGGACACGAAACAGGAGAGGCUGAUUGAAGAGGAAGAUACAAUCACUUCAUUUUCUCUUUCUGAAGAUGGUGAUUUCUUGCUUGUAAAUCUUGUAAACGAGGAGAUUCAUUUGUGGAACAUAAGGAAUGAACCCAGUAGAGUUAGACAGUAUACUGGCCAUAAGCGCAGCCGUUUUGUGAUAAGAUCGUGCUUUGGUGGUUCAGAGCAGGCUUUCAUUGCCAGUGGCAGUGAAGAUUCAAAGGUAUAUAUAUGGCACAGAGCUACAGGAGAUGUUAUCGAGACUCUAUCUGGCCACUCUGGGGCAGUCAACUGUGUAAGCUGGAACCCUACAAAUCCACAUAUGCUCGCAUCUGCGAGUGACGAUCACAGUAUACGUAUAUGGGGACUGAAGAAGGCCAGCGCUAAGCGAAAGGACGUUGGCAGCAGCAGUAGCAGCAACGGAGCCCAUAUGAAUGGCAGCGCCAACGGCAAUGGUUUCGUUCACCAGUGCAAUGGCAGCCGCAGCAAAUGAUCCUUUGUAGCCCCCAUGCAAACGUAUGAUCGGCUUCAUUUGUAAAUCCUCCUUUGCUUAUGCUUUACUUCCCUUCGCCCAGGAAGAACACAAUAGUUUAAGACAAAGCUGCAGCACAGGUGUGGGGGAGGUGAGAAACCUGCUUGGUUUCUAUGCACCAUCUCCCUUGUUCCACCAGCACCACCAUCCUGUCACAUUUAUUUCUCAAUUCAAGCUGGAUACAAAACUUUACAUUUA